UUCCUCCCCGGGCCCAGCAGAGGACCAGACAGAGAGUGUACUCAAGGGGGAGAGAAACGGGAACGAAGCGCCGUGUCUGAGAGGACGAUAUAGUUUUUCACGCCUCCAGGAAAGUUUGUGAAAUCUCAGCGUCAAAUCUGAGCUUUAAACGGACUGAAAAUCAGCAAACACGGGGCGGAGUUUCAGGAGUUUUGCCUGGAGUGUGGUUGAUACUUUGUGGUUGGCAUCAACCGGUGUACGUGUGUGUAGAUGUGUGACAGCGGAGUGUGUGAGGACAAGCCCCCCGCCCCCCCUGUCAGGAUGAGCAGCCAAGGAGGAGGAACCAAGGACCCCCAGUCAGCCAAUCACAGCUCUCGGCCACUGCCGUCUGUACCGGAGGAGAGGAAGUCAAGAAACAAGAUCAUCUCUAUGUUUGCCUCGGAGAAAGGAGGCAGGAAGAAGGACCGGGACAAGGACAGACCUGAGAUAUCCUCCCCAUCAGACUUUGAACACACCAUCCAUGUGGGUUUUGAUGCUGUCACUGGAGAGUUCACUGGCAUGCCGGAGCAGUGGGCCCGUCUCCUUCAAACCUCUAACAUCAGUAAAUCAGAACAGAAACAAAAUCCUCAGGCCGUCCUGGACAUUCUCAAGUUCUAUGACUCCACCAGUGGAAAACAGAAAUACCUCAGUUUUUCCGCCUCGGAUAAAGACUCACAGUCACCGGGCAAGCAAGGUACGGUGACAUCCCCAACAGGUGGCAAGGACGGCGAUGAUGAUGAUGAUGACGACACGCCACCGCCAGUUGUGGCCCCGCGGCCAGAACACACAAAAUCAGUCUACACAAGAUCGGUGAUAGAUCCACUCCCAGCUCCAGAGGGAGACGCUGCCUCUAAGGCAGCUGACAAACAGAAAAAGAAGGGAGGCAAACUGACUGAUGAGGAGAUCAUGGAGAAACUAAGAACAAUUGUCAGUAUUGGCGAUCCUAAGAAGAAAUACACCCGCUAUGAGAAGAUCGGCCAGGGGGCAUCUGGGACAGUUUACACAGCCAUAGAUGUUGCCACAGGACAAGAGGUGGCCAUCAAACAGAUCAACUUGCAGAAGCAGCCAAAGAAAGAGCUAAUUAUUAACGAGAUUCUGGUCAUGAAGGAGCUGAAGAACCCCAACAUUGUCAAUUUCUUAGAUAGUUUCCUCGUAGGAGAUGAGCUUUUCGUGGUGAUGGAGUACCUGGCUGGCGGCUCCCUAACUGAUGUUGUGACGGAGACAUGCAUGGACGAGGCUCAGAUCGCAGCUGUCUGCAGGGAGGUCCUUCAGGCUCUAGAGUUUCUUCAUGCCAACCAGGUCAUCCACAGAGACAUCAAGAGUGACAACGUACUGCUGGGGAUGGACGGAUCAGUCAAACUCACUGACUUUGGCUUCUGUGCCCAGAUCACGCCAGAGCAGAGCAAACGCAGCACUAUGGUGGGGACUCCAUACUGGAUGGCUCCAGAGGUGGUGACCAGGAAAGCCUAUGGACCUAAAGUGGACAUUUGGUCUUUGGGGAUCAUGGCCAUAGAGAUGGUGGAGGGAGAGCCUCCAUAUCUGAACGAGAACCCUCUCAGGGCACUGUAUUUAAUUGCCACCAAUGGGACUCCUGAGCUGCAAAGUCCAGAGAAGCUGUCUCCUGUUUUCAAAGCCUUCCUGUCCCGCUGUCUGGAGAUGGACGUGGAGAAACGAGGUUCAGGCAGAGAACUGCUGCAGCAUCCAUUCCUGAAACUGGCCAAGCCUCUGUCCAGCCUCACCCCGCUCAUCCUGGCUGCCAAGGAGGCCAUGAGGAGCAACCGUUAAAAUCCCAGUCUCUAAGGACUAUAAGACCUAAUGCCAAUGAUGUCCAAAGCAGCCAGUAUCUUCUACUGGUCUACAUAUCAUGAUCACCAGCAACCUGCUUUGUGUUUCUUUUUUUUUCAAAGGGUCAUAAAAUUCAUCUCCACUCCUCCCAGUAUUUGUGUACUGAAGCCAUAUUUAUCUUACCUUUGUGCCAUGUUCCAAAGCUGCAUACAGCCGUAGUGUUCUCUGUUUGUUGCACCUAUAGCACGUGUGUGUUGUUGAUGUUCACACUGGCUAUUGUGCAUAUCAGGAAAGCAGGAUUAUUUUUGCAAAGGUUCAAGACUCUUUGCACACCAAGGGCCGCAUUCACAAAGGAUCUUAUCUUACCACUGAGAGUCCUCCUAAAGGGCUCUAAAAGUUCUUAGCUAGAGUUUCCUCUUAAGACCUGCUGCUUUUACUGAGGAAAUGAGGAACUCCUUAGAGGAAGAGAAGGGACGGGGGGGGGCCUCUUUUGCUAUGGAUGACAUCAAUGCUGUGCCCCACUUCCAUACUGCAUACUAAUUAUGUAGUUUGUGAGAAAGCUGUACUUUCGUCUUGAAGAAGUGCCAAAAUAAACUACACUAUACUCAAAAUAGUCCGUACGCUGACUAAAAAAAAAAAAAAAAAAAAACUUUAUUUUUCAGUGUGCUGUUGAUGAACACUAUUCCCCUACAAAAUGACUGUAUGCUGUCGCAAAAUGGCUCCAGACACGCCUUAGAAACCAGAAAAGAACUAUUCAGUUAUUGCUUUCUUUGUGUGAAGUUAAAUUUUAAGGUGGUAUUUUGUUCUUCCUGCCUAAUUGACAUCAUAGUUUCCUGUUAUUAUAAAACAGGUAAGUAUGUAACUGCAAAAACAGAUUGGUUUGUUGUAUAUACUGUAUAGCGUUAGUGCGUAGUAUGAAUUUGGGCCACAGCUUUCAUGAAUAAACUGAAUUUUGAGGCAACCAGUCUGUGUCAGCUAAGUAAAAUAUAUCCUCAGGACAUGGGAAACAAAUUGAAUAUAGAUCAUAUCAACUUGUCCAUCGUGAGGACUUCUAUAAUUUUGGUGUGUGGAGAGACUGGAACCUUAGCAACUGGUUUCCAUGGCUGCUGUUGCCACGGUUACGCAUGUGCAUAUGGGACAGUGCAGUCUUUGUGCAGUGGAAAAGCCAUACCAGUGUCCUUGUUUGACCCUGUGUCUCACCAUUCCAGUAAAGCGCUGGGAGUUGUAGAGUUUUUUUUUUUUUGUCCAGUCUGGUUUUGUACAUGAAACCUUCUAUUGUUUUACAAUGGUAGAUGGAAAAUGUCUCGAUUUUCUGUGUUUAGAGUUUCAACCUUUGAUGGCAGUUUAGGGUCUUACCAGGCACCAAAAUACACACUAUCAUUAACUUGACUCAGGCUUCAUACACCUCUGCUAUCAAAGUCUCUCUGCUGGCUCUUCUAUAAACUAUACAAAACCCAUCUGAACACUCUGAUGUUUACUGCAUGAAAAAAAACACCUUGAAUGCUCAGGCGUUUUGUACCUGCCACAUUUCUCUCAAUAUGGUGUUUUGUCAAGAUGUUCUCUUUGUCUUUAUCUCAGCCUUUUGCAAUUGAUGCCUUACUGUCAGUGUGUUGGUGUAAGUCAAACACAAAUACUGUAUGAAAUUGUCUGUUGAACUGGAGGAAGACAGCAUUUUUCGUAUGUUAUAUAUUGGUAAUGUCCUGUCUUUUUAAACAGCUUUUAAAAAGUAUGUAUAUCAUUGUUUUAUAUUUGUAACUAACAGAACAAAAGACAGUUUCUUUUGUUUUUCCAGUAUGUUUUUUUUUUGUAUACCAGUUCAUCCCUGAACUCAAUGAACGCCAAACCAUAAAAUAUAUUGACAAGCCUGAGAAACUCGAGCCAGACCUCUGCCAAUCAGUAUUUGAAAAUGAUUGUUUGUUUUAACUAGAGUACCAGAUAAAUUUGGUUUUUACCUUAUUUUCCAGCAAGUGUAGACAAUCCAUCCAUUUUCUAUGCUGCUUUAUCCGCCAGGGUCGCGGGGGAGCUGGAGCCUAUAACAAGAAAAAAAUGUUCAUUAACUGUACCUUUAAAAGAUGCAUGAUGCUGUAAAACCCAGUCAUAUGGUACUCAACAGGUUGACACAGAUACUGAGUACUUGCCAAUACUGUUAACAGGCUGGAAUACUCCAAUAUGAGGCAUUUAACCAGCACACAUUCCACUUACACGUGUAAUAUGAAUGACUGAAGAAUUUCAAAGAAAUGCCUUAUUUUUGAUUAUGAAAGCACCAACUUCUGGCAUUGAUUAAAUCCAUUCAGUAUGUAAAUUAUUAAUAAAUUUGGACCUCCA